CCUUUGCUUUGCUGCCAAGUGUCAGCAAACCCUUUCCACGAAGACUCCUUCUCAUCUCUUUCACCUCUAAUGCAAACCAAAAAUCUAGUAUUUCCAAUCCUUGCCCUCAUUUUAGAAACAGAGUUCUAAUUCUAGAAAACAACUCUGCAAUUCUUUCUCUCCUCUGCCAUUUUUUUUCUCAUGCAAUCAUCAACAGCUUUAGAACCCAUUUUGUUGGACACCCACUUCUCCACUAUGCUCAGAGUCCUUAACAAGAGAAUCAAGCGCCUUUGUGCCCGCCUCCGGUGGCCGGUUCGCCUCCGGUCCAAGUCCAAACUUGUUAUAAAAAGGUUUGGUAAAUCAAACCCCAAGGCUCAUAGUGACACUAAUGAUCAUACUAUAGUGAAUGGGACUUCAAAAGUUCACCAAGAUGGUGAAUUGGAUAGUCUAAACUCGGUGAGGCCCAUCCGUAUAGCGACCUUCAAUGCUGCCCUGUUUUCUAUGGCCCCUGCAAUGCCUAAACCAGACAAGUCUUCAAGUUUCGAUUAUGACAAUGAAGGUUUUACAGAUGUUAGGCGCUCCAUCGGUCUUAGUUUACGUGCAAAGUCUACAAAUGAUCGGCCAAAGAGUAUACUAAAGCAAUCUCCCUUGCACCCAAAUUCCAUGAAUGACAACGAGAAUCUCCCCAAGCAGCAAAAAUUUGUGAAAUCUAAGUUGAGGGUGUCAAUCAAUUUACCAGAUAAUGAGAUUUCUUUGUUGCGUAAUCGACAAUUGAGCCUUGCAGAACAUGGAAAGGAGGGUUCUUCAAGUGGUGCUGCGACCGCGAGUAGAAUUUUGAGAGGAAAAGCUCCGUUGAGAUCAACAGUGAGUUUCCCAACAAAUAUGGGAAAUGGAGUAGAUGGUUGUGAGAGUUAUAGAAGCAGAAAGACAGUGCUUGAAGUCUUGAGUGAGUUAGAUGCUGAUAUAUUAGCUCUGCAAGAUGUGAAAGCAGAGGAAGAGAAAGCCAUGAAGCCUUUGUCUGAUUUAGCUGCUGCUUUGGCGAUGAACUAUGUAUUUGCCGAGAGUUGGGCACCGGAAUACGGCAACGCUGUGCUUUCAAAGUGGCCGAUUAAGCGGUGGAAAGUGCAGAAAAUCUUUGAUGACACAGAUUUCAGGAAUGUCCUUAAGGCAACUAUUGAUGUGCCUGGGACAGGAGAAGUGGACUUCCACUGCACGCACCUUGAUCAUCUUGAUGAGAAAUGGCGCAUGAAGCAGAUAAAUGCAAUAAUUCAAUCUAAUGAUGGUCCACACAUCUUAGCUGGAGGCCUCAAUUCCUUGGAGGAAACAGAUUAUUCCACAGAGAGGUGGACAGAUAUUGUUAAGUACUACGAGGAGAUGGGGAAACCAACACCAAAGGUUGAAGUGAUGAAAUUUCUGAAGAAUAAACAGUACACAGAUGCUAAGGACUUUGCAGGGGAGUGUGAGCCAGUAGUCGUGAUUGCCAAAGGACAAAGUGUGCAGGGCACAUGCAAGUAUGGGACUCGGGUAGAUUACAUACUGGCAUCCCCAAAUUCACCAUACAAAUUCGUUCCAGGGUCGUAUUCAGUCCUGUCUUCGAAAGGAACUUCUGAUCAUCACAUAGUAAAAGUUGAUAUAAUAAAAGUAAACGAAAAUGCUCAAGAAAAUGUCAGUAGAAAGCGACGGCAACCAAAACAGAAACAACAGAGAGUUGUAAAGAUCACAAACGGCUCUCCAUCAAAAGGUAUAUGGAAUACACAUACAUGAGAGAUUGACCCUUUUUUUUUCACCUUUUGUUAUUAUCCAAUCUUAACUCUUGGAGCAGAUGAUUUUGGAUCUGCAUCCUACUAUGCUUUGUAAACCAUUAAAGGCUUAAAUAGAAACCAAGGGGGUGUAAUCUGAUUCUUAGGGAUCUAAUAAUUCCAAACGUUUAUA